AUGUCAAAUUCAACGACAUCGUCAUCAACUAGUUCAAACAAUUCUCAAUCUAAAACAAAUAAUAAGAAAAAGAAUAAGAAAAAUUCAAAAACUUCGACUAAUAAGAAUCAAGUUUCAACUCCACAACCAAUCAAUACUGCAUCAUACGAAGAUGAAGAAGAUAAUAAUCCAUUUCUGCAUCAUGAAGGACUAACUAGUUUUGUCAAUGGCGAAUCAAAUUUGAAUGAUGUUGAUGAAUCAAUGUUAUUAUAUAAAAGAGAUAACAACAAUAAACAAGACAAUAAUACUUCAAAUGGACAACACGAAAAACCACAAAUGAAUAAAAAUGAAUCAUUUAAUCAAGUUACAAUGAAUUUUGAAAGUAGAGUUACUAAAAUGUUACAACCAAAAGUUAAAGUUAAAAUUCAAAUAACUGAGGCGGGGAAUUCAAAUGAAGGAAUGAAUAAUUCACUGAAGAAAUAUAUUGUUUAUACCAUUAAGCUAAUAAAUUUAGAUUCCAAAAAUGAUGAAAUUUUAACAAGAAGGAGGUAUAGUGAUUUUGAAAGUUUAAGAGAUCUUUUAACUAAAAUUUUCCCAUUAAUUAUUAUACCACCAAUUCCACCUAAAAAUUAUUUUGAUUUUUCAGUAUUUAAUGGAUUAACAGGAAAUAAUGGAUUUGGAGGAGUACAUUCAAAUAAUUCAGAUAGUAAUGGUUCAUCACCUCCUUCUGCAGCUGUAAUAAUACCUCAUAAUUCAUCAACUACAACAUCAUCAUCAUCAAAUAAAAAACAAUUAAUAGAACAUAGAAAAAGACUAUUAACUAAUUUUUUAAAUAAUUGUCUUGAAAUAAAACAAAUACGAAGUCUUGAAUUUUUUGCAAAAUUUUUAGAUCCAAAUGCAAAUUGGUCAGAUGAAAUUUCAUUAAUUCAAAAUCAAUUACCAAAAUCUAUUUAUUUACUGAAUCCUGAAAAUGGUUUAAAAACUGAUCCAAUUUAUUUAAAUUUACCUAAUCCUUCAACCAAAAAGACAAUGAGUUUUUUUAAAGACAAUAAGAAACGAAUUACUAAAAAGACAAAUCAAUUAAUUACCAAUAAUCCUGAACAAUCAGAAUCAGAUACUUUAAAACAAAAACAAAAUGAAAAAAUUAUUGAUACAUCAGGAUUAGAUGAUGUAAAUAAAAAAAUAAUGUCAAAUUUCAUUGGACUUUCAAAUGAUUAUGCAGAAUUAGGAAGUGUUUUUAAUUCAUUUUCAUUAAUGUUUUCUGAAACUUUAAUGCUGAGAAGUGAUGAUAUAAAAUUAAAAUCAAGUGAAAAUGAUGAUGAAUUAAAUUAUUUAUUAGAUAAAAUUGGUCAAUGUUUUGAUCGAUCUUAUAUAACAAUAAAUCUGUUAAUUGGAGAUUUAGAAACAAAAGUUUCUGAACCUUUAGGUGAAGCAGUACAAUAUACUCAAAUAUUACAUUAUGUAACAAAAUAUCAAUCAAAAAAAUUAAAACAAAAACAAAUGUUAAUAAAUGAAUUAAAAUCAAAAAGAAAAGAAUUAGAUGAAUUAAUACGAGUAGAAGAAGAUGCAGGAAAAGUAGAGAAUGCAAUAAAAAAUCAACAUAAUGGUAAAUCAAAAAAAUAUGAUUUAAAACCAGAACAAUCAUCACCACCAAAAAGCACCGAGUUAUCAAAUCCAUCAUCAUCAUCAUCAACAACAUCAUCAAGUAAAUUUAAAUUACCAAGUUUUAAAAAAAUAACACAAUAUGUAACAGAAAUAAUGGAUCAAAAUCCUCAACAAACAAGAAAACAAAAAAUUCAAGAUUUAAUUUCUAAAAUUUCAAUAUUUGAAAAAUGUCAAGAUAUAAUGUUAGCAGAUUUAUCUUAUAUAUUUGAUGAAAUUGAUAAAAAUUUAAAAGAAUUUCAUUCAAAACAAUUAAAAUUAAUUUUAGAAAUUUUAAUUUAUUAUAAUAAAUUUAUGAUUGAAUGGGCUAAAAAAAAUGUUGAUUUAUGGGAAUCAAUUAGGGAGGAGAUAAGUACUCUGUAA